UUAGUGCUGCAGAAGUCAGUGCAGGAAGUGUGUGUGUCGCUGCUGCUCAGCGGGGUCGUUUCUCUACGAAAUACGUAGAAAUUCACAAUAAAGCCCAACCGACGCUGGUUCAGGAACAAUGGCGGCUGAAGGCGACAACAAAAGCGCAAAUAUUCUAGCUCAGGAAACGGCCCAGCUGGAGGAGCAGCUGCAGGGCUGGGGUGAAGUGAUCCUCGCCGGGGAUCGUGUCCUGCGCUGGGAGAAGCCGUGGUUCCCCGGUGCCCUGAUGGGUGCUACCACCGUACUCUUCCUGCUGAUUUACUACCUGGACCCAUCAGUGCUGACUGGGCUGUCCUGCACUGUCAUGUUGCUCUGCCUGGCUGACUACCUGGUGCCCACCCUCGCACCCAGAGUGUUCGGCUCCAAUAAGUGGACCACUGAGCAGCAGCAGCGUUUCCAUGAGAUCUGCGGUAACCUGGUGAAGACCCAGCGUCGGGUCGUGGGCUGGUGGAAGCGUCUCUGUGCCCUCAAGGAGGAGAAGCCCAAAAUGUACUUUGCCUCAGUGAUCAGCAGCCUGCUGGCAGUGGCCUGGAUCGGACAGCAGGUGCACAACCUGUUCCUCACCUACCUGAUUGUGAGCUUCCUGCUGCUGCUGCCUGGCCUGAACCAGCAUGGCAUCAUCACCAAGUACGCUGCCAUGGCCAAGAGGGAGAUCAACAAGCUGCUCAAACAGAAGGAGAAGAAGAACGAGUAGAUGAAAGUGUGGACGAAGAGGGGUAUCUCUGAAAGAUGAACCGCGACAGAAUGGAAAGUGGAAGGAAGUUGUUUUUAGAAAGAAGAGCAAAAAGGCCUCCUGCUUCCUCGGCCUCUGCCACAGAGCAGGACACUUUUUUUUUCCCACACAUCGAAUAAGUUUCAUUUCUCCCUUGCACCAUUUCACAUUUCAUCCUCAUCACACAAUUAAAUUUUUUUUUUUUUACUUUAUCAAUCAUGCAUGCAGCCUCCACAUGAAGGUUAUCAGAUACUGUCACAAGUUGAUAAGUUGAUAUACAACACUUAACAUUCAGCAACACGUGCACACAACCCCCUGUCACAGAGUUAAAAAUCUUCCUUCUGUUUCUCAGUUUAAGUGUUUUACGAUUUAAGAUGUCGGUAAUGCUUUUAAGCCAUUCCCUCUGCGUGGACAACGUGACUACUGAGCAGUUUUGUAGCAUUACUGCAUCAUUUUCAACCUCUGAUUCCUCAACAUAAUGAUUUUUUUUCAGGACAGCUUUUGUUACGUGAAAACAGGUCAUGAAAGUUUUACCUUUUUUGCUUAUUCUGCUUUGGUUGUAUUUAAAUAUAGAGCUGAAAACAAAACUGGAUUUAAAGCAGAACUCGUCAAGAGUGAAACUGUGUCUAGAUACAAGCCUCCUGCUGUACUGCUGCUAGCUGGACUCUGGUCCAUUAGCUCUUAUAUUAAAAACCCCACAGUGUUACUGGUGUGGAGGUUUCUGUGUAAAUAGGCCUGUCCCUCACUCUGUCUCCGUCAGUCAUCCUUUUCUCUGUUCUUGUUAUUUAUGUGUUCUUUCCUCCUCAGUCUCCUCAUUUCUGGUCUGAUCUCUGUCUUUCAGCUUAUUUCAGUAUUUGUCUUUAUUGGAGAUCUUUAUGAAAAUGAAUAAAGUUUGAUUUAAAUGAA